AUGGCCGACAUUACCAUCACGGGGUGGAAGACACGCGAUGUCCGCUUCCCCACUUCCCUGGACAAGACUGGCUCUGAUGCCAUGAACGCCGCUGGUGACUACUCUGCGGCUUACUGCAUUCUCGAGACUGACUCCGAGUAUUCCGGCCACGGAAUGACUUUCACAAUCGGUCGGGGAAACGACAUCGUCUGCAAAGCUAUCGACUACCUUGUUGACAGAAUUAAGGGCAAGAAGUUGUCUGAUCUGGUCUCUGACUGGGGCAAGACCUGGAGAUACCUUGUCAACGAUAGUCAACUUAGAUGGAUUGGCCCUGAGAAGGGUGUCAUUCAUCUGGCUCUUGGCUCUGUUGUCAAUGCCAUCUGGGACCUUUGGGCCAAGGUUCUUGGCAAGCCUGUCUGGCGCAUUGUUGCUGACAUGACUCCAGAGGAGUUCGUCAGUUGCAUUGACUUCCGUUACAUCACCGAUGCCAUCACUCCCGAGGAGGCCAUCCAGCUUCUCAAAGAGCAGGAGCCCACCAAGGCUCAGCGUGUCAAGGAUGCUGAGAACAGCCGUGCCGUGCCGGCUUACACCACUAGUGCCGGAUGGCUUGGCUAUGGUGAGGACAAGAUGAAGGGCUUGCUGCAGGAAACCCUUGGCAAAGGUUACCGACACUUCAAGCUCAAGGUUGGCAGCAAUGUUGAGCAGGACAAGAGACGUCUCAGCAUCGCCCGUGAGGUUAUUGGCUACGACAGCGGUAACAUUCUCAUGGUUGACGCCAACCAAGUCUGGUCUGUACCCGAGGCCAUUGAGUACAUGAAGCAGCUCAAGGAGUUCAAGCCCUGGUUUAUCGAGGAGCCCACUUCUCCUGAUGAUAUUCUCGGCCACAAGGCUAUCCGCGAAGCAUUGAAGCCCUACGGCAUCGGUGUCGCCACUGGCGAGAUGUGCCAGAACCGCGUCAUUUUCAAGCAGCUCCUCAUGUCGGGUGCCAUCGACAUUUGCCAAAUCGAUGCCUGCCGCAUGGGUGGUGUGAAUGAGGUGCUCGCUGUCCUCUUGAUGGCCAAGAAGUUCAACGUCCCCAUCGUGCCUCAUUCCGGUGGUGUCGGUCUGCCUGAGUACACGCAGCACCUGAGCACGAUCGACUACGUCGUUGUCAGCGGCAAACUCUCAGUUCUUGAGUACGUCGACCACCUGCACGAGCACUUCCUCCACCCUUCCGUCAUCAAGGAUGGAUACUACCAGACCCCCACGGAGCCUGGCUACAGUGUCGAGAUGAAGGCGGACAGUAUGGACAAGUUCAGCUACCCCGGUCAACCUGGUGUCAGCUGGUGGACCAGUGAUGAGGCCAAGCCUAUCCUUGAAGGAGAGAAGAUUUGA